AUGCUUAAUUUCCGUCGAAUUCCUGUCUGGACACAGGAUUUCAGAAGACAUUUAUCGUCUACUGGUGCUCUUUUCAGAGGACAAAACGUCAUUGAGAAAAUUGUUCAGGACUACUCAGUCGAUCUACCCAAGGGUAAAUUGGUUCAUUCCGGUGAUUAUGUUACUAUCAAACCAGCAUAUGUGAUGACUCACGAUAACUCUUGGCCUGUUGCCAUGAAAUUUAUGGGAUUGGGGGCAAAGAAAGUCCACAACAAUCGUCAGAUCGUCAAUGCAUUGGAUCAUGACGUGCAGAACAAGUCUGAAAAGAACCUCACCAAGUAUAGAAAUAUUGAGUACUUUGCUCAUGAACAAGGCAUAGAUUUCUAUCCCGCAGGUCGUGGUAUUGGGCAUCAGAUCAUGAUUGAAGAAGGAUAUGCAUUCCCUGGUACUUUAACAGUGGCAUCGGACUCUCAUUCCAAUACUUAUGGUGGUAUAGGUGCUCUUGGUACUCCUAUUGUUCGUACGGACGCAGCAGCAGUUUGGGCCACUGGACAAACUUGGUGGAAAGUUCCUCCGGUUGCCAAAGUCGAAUUAAAAGGCAAGCUACCUAAAGGUGCCACAGGCAAAGAUGUCAUUGUGGCACUUUGUGGACUCUUUAAUCAUGAUGAGGUAUUAAACCAUGCUCUAGAAUUUACUGGAGAUCAUAUGGACCAGUUACCUGUUGAUUAUAGACUUACUAUAGCAAACAUGACAACUGAAUGGGGUGCAUUAUCUGGCGUGUUCCCUAUAGACAAAACAUUACUCGAAUUCUAUAAGGGUAGACUUGCCAGAUUGGGUCAUAAUCAUCCUCGAAUAACCAAGGAACGUCUUGAUAAGCUAGCUUCCAGUUACGUAAAGGCUGAUGUCGAUGCAUACUACGAUAAAACACUUACCAUUGAUCUAUCGACAGUAGAGCCAUGUGUUUCUGGUCCCAACUCUGUCAAAAUCGGUAACCCAGUGUCAAAGCUCUCAUCUCAUAACAUCAAGGUCGAUAAAGCCUAUUUGGUUUCUUGUACCAAUUCUCGUUUGAGUGAUAUUAUAGCUGCCGCUGCCAUUGUUGAGGGUCAUAAAGUUGCUCCUGGAGUGAAGUUUUACGUUGCUGCCGCCUCUUCUGAGAUCCAGAAGGAUGCCGAAAAAGCUGGUGCAUGGCAGACACUUUUGGAUGCUGGUGCUAUACCAUUACCUGCCGGUUGCGGCCCUUGUAUUGGUCUAGGUGUCGGUUUACUUGAGCCAGGAGAGGUUGGAAUCUCAGCCACGAACCGUAACUUCAAGGGAAGAAUGGGCUCUCCAGAUGCUUUGGCUUAUUUGGCCUCUCCAGAGGUCGUCGCAGCAUCUGCUGUCAUGGGCAAGAUAUCUUCACCGGUGGAAGUACUUGGUAAACCAUGUCCAGAAGCUAACACGGUAAAAACGACAAUUAAAAAGAACGAGAAGGAUGAAGAUGAAGAUGCUGUUGAGGAGAUUGAUGAGCCGGCCUCGGGUAAAGUUCUUGAAGGAUUCCCAGAGAAUAUAUCAGGAGAAAUCGUGCUAUUGGAUGCAGAUAACAUUAAUACCGACGGUAUAUAUCCUGGUAAAUAUACAUAUCAGGACGAUGUUUCAAGAGAGACAAUGGCCAAAGUUUGCAUGCAGAACUAUGACCUUGAAUUUGGAAAUAAAACCAAGGCCGGUGACAUCUUAGUAGCUGGAUAUAACUUUGGUACUGGUUCUUCUCGUGAACAGGCAGCUACAGCCAUAUUGGCUAGAGAUAUGCCCAUGGUUAUUGCUGGAUCAUUUAACAACACGUUCAGUAGGAACGCCAUUAACAAUGCCCUUCUCACGUUACAGAUUCCGGAGUUGAUUGAGAAAUUAAGGCUGACAUUUGCCAAUGAAGAGAAAAUUCCAACCAGAAGAACAGGCUGGAGGUUUAAUUGGGAUGUUCCAAAGUCUGUGGUUACUGUGGUAGACAGUAAGAAUACAGUUGUCCUCAAGCAGAAGGUGAGUGAAGUUGGCCGUAAUUUGCAGGCCAUCAUUGUCCAGGGAGGAUUAGAAGGAUGGGUGAAGAGUUAUUUGAACAAAGCAUGA